AUGGAACUCGCCGAACAGAUACAGCAGCUCUACGCCCAGGCGGCCGAGGCGGACCGUGACGAGGCGCGCGCCGCGUUCGCGGCGCUCAGAACGGAACUCUCCGCCGGCCGCGUGCGCGCGGCCGAGCCCGACCCGUCGUCGCCGACCGGCUGGCGCGUCAACGCAUGGGUCAAGCAGGGCAUCCUGGUCGGGUUCCGCUGCGGCGACGUCGUGGCGUUCGACUCCCCCAGCGCGGACUCGCCCUGGCUCGACAAGGACACGCUUCCGCUCCGCCCACUCUCCACCGCCUCGAACGUACGGCUCGUGCCGGGCGGCUCGUCGGUGCGCGACGGCGCGUAUCUCGGCCGCGGCGUCAUCUGCAUGCCGCCGAUGUACAUCAACAUCGGCGCCUACGUCGGCAGCGGCGUGCACGUCAGCGCCGGAGCGCAGAUCGGCGGGGUGCUCGAACCGGUCGGCGCGCUGCCGGUCAUCGUGGAGGACGACGCGCUGAUCGGCGGCAACACCGGCCUCUACGAGGGCGCCGUGGUCAAGCGCCGGGCCGUCCUCGGCGCCGGCACGGUGCUGACCGGGUCGACGCCGAUCUACGAUCUGCCGCAGGGACGGAUCAUCAAGCCGGUCGCGGGCGAGCCGACGGUGGUGCCGGAAGGCGCGGUCGUCGUCCCCGGGGCGCGCGCCGUCACCAGCGGCGCGGGACCCGACUGGGGGCUGUCGCUCGCCACGCCGGUCAUCGUCAAAUACCGCGACGACCGCACGGACACGCGAACGGAGCUGGAAGCAUGGAUCCGGUAG